GAAGGCGGCGACUCCUAUUGGUCACUGACGCGGAAGUAGAAGCAGUACUACAUGCUAACAACAACAAGGAAUCUGUUGAGACUUUUUUUUGUGAAUUUCUGAUCUUGGGGGUCUUCUCAAACGCCAUGGCUUUACCGGCCCCGCUGAAAGCCGUGCAGCAUCACCUCCGGACCGCCCAGGAGCACGAGAAACGGGACCCGGUCGUGGCUUAUUACUGCCGUCUGUAUGCCAUGCAGACAGGGAUGAAGCUGGACAGUAAAACCCCUGAGUGCAGACAGUUCCUGGUGAAGCUCAUGGACCAGCUGGAGACGAUGAAAAAGGAGUUGAAGAAUGAAGAGUCCAUAACUCAGGAGGUGGUGGGGAAUGCUCACAUCGAAAACUAUGCCUUAAAGAUGUUUCUGUAUGCCGACAAUGAAGACCGAGCCGGGCGCUUCCAUAAGAAUAUGAUCAAGUCGUUCUACACGGCGAGUCUGCUGUUUGAUGUCUUAGUUGUGUUCGGGGAGCUAUCAGAAGAGAACAUCCAGCACAGGAAGUAUGCGCGCUGGAAGGCUACAUACAUUCACAACUGCCUCAAGAACGGAGAGACGCCGCAGUCCGGGCCCAUCGGCAUGGAGGACGAUGAGGAAGCAGGUGAAGAAGGAGCCAUAGGAUUCUCAGCCCCCGGCUCCUCAUUCUACGGUUCGUUCAGAGGUGGAGCUCCCUCACAGAACUACGAAGACCAGGGCUUUGGAGCAGGGCCGGGUGCUGAUCCAGGGAUCGGGUUCAGUGCAGGACCACCCCCCUCUGGACCUCCCUCUGGACCCCCCAGCAUCAACUACAACAACAUCCAUGUCCCACCGGGAGCACAUGCACCGGCCAAUACUCCUGCUGAGCUGCCCCCACCCUCAGAGCCUCCAAAACCAGUGCCUACACCUCGAACGCUGCCUGCUGUCGACCCUGGUCUCCUAAACGCCCAGCCACAAGGUGGCGUAUCUCUCUCUGCGGAGGACUUCACUCGGGCUCAGAAAUACUGUAAAUACGCCGGCAGUGCCCUUCAGUACGAGGAUGUGUCCACAGCCAUCCAGAAUCUGCAGAAGGCUCUCAAACUGCUCACCACUGGGAAAGAAUAACGCCUCUGUCUGCGGUCUAUCUCCCAUCUCUAUCUCCUAAGCCCCGCCCCUGACAUGCCGCCUCACAACCAGCAGAUACAGCCACUGCUCCGGGCUCACAACAAUGACCUGAGUGUCCCACCAUGGAGUUAAGAAGACAAGUCAAAGCUACAAGAUGAUUGGCUGAAAUUUGACAUGCAACCUCUCCUAGUUGUUAAGCAGCAUAUGAAGGUCAGGCAGAUAUUCAGAAAUAUUCUGUGCCUUUUUUACUGAAUAAAAUCUAGUUGUGUUGGUCAUUUAUACAAAAUACAAUACAAAAAUUAUUGGUUUACAAUUUCGGAAAUUUGUAUUAAAAAUAAGGCUUAACAAAAACUCAAAAACUCACAAAAAUGUAGUUAGGCUGUAACCCCCAACAAUAUGCUAUCUUUCACUCAAACUAAUUUACUAAAACGUAUCAAAAAUAGGUUGUUGUUUAAGUUGAAGUAUACCCCGAACAUUACACAUCAUCUGUCUUUACAAAUCAUAUCAGAGGAUUACGAAAUGUAUGUAUUUUAAGGCGGACUGGAUUGUUUCAUUGCUGGAGUAGUUUGCAUGGGACAUAUCACUGUGUCUUCCCCCCUUUAGAGAUACAUUUAUCUUUAUUUAACGUUUUCUGCACUGGUGUAUAGACUCAAUCUGUUCGAGACAUUCAAGUAUUUGAAUAAAACUUUUACAUCACCUUC